AUGGCCAGCCCCGUAGGCGAGCAGAACUGGCUCGCCUACCUCGAAGAGGCGGCCCGUACCGCCGUCGACCUCGAGCAGCGCGUCAACGUCGUCGAGCUCUACAAGCGCGCCAUCGGUGCUGAGCCCGGCAGCUUGCGCCUAUGGCUGGCCUACUGCAACUACUUUUGGAGUCUCUGGGCCAGCAGCCACGCUGCCGAUGCCUCGGACUCGACCUGGUCCGACGAAGAGCAGCUGAUGGGCCGUGAGAUCUUCUCCUUUGGCGCCGCCCUCGACCUCUGGCAGCAGGGCUACGAGGCCAUAAAAUACCGAAUCAAUGAUAGCAACCAGUUCUGGGACCGCUGGGUCUCCCUCGAGAUGGAGCAGCUCGCCAAGACGAAGACGCCCGAAGGCGUCCGGCGCAUCACCCACCUGUACCGCGACCGCCUGGCCAUACCGCACCUCACCUGGGACGAGACGUCGCAGGCCUUUUCGAGUUUUCUUUCCCAGUACAACAAGGCCGCCUGGGAGGAGACGAUGAAGGAAGUGACCUCCGCCGCACAAGGCGUCAAGCGCGUCAUUGACGCUCGCGAUCCGUUCGAGCUCAAGCUCCAGGCAGCAGCGCGACAAGGCGACGCAGAGGCGGAAAAGGCCGCCAUGCGGGACUAUCUCGAAUGGGAGAUACUGCAGAGCAAGAGGAACAAUGACGUCCCUGAGAUGGCCGUCGACAUUUGCAGUGGCCUGUUCUCGCGCGCCCUGACCGGCAUCUUUUCGUCGGACGACGGCAUCUGGCACGAACACGUCGUCUUCGUCUCCUCCAACUCGGACGCCCCCGCGACCGACAAGCUUCUCGACAUCCUGCGCAGAGCUGUUGUGCACUGUCCUUGGUCUGGGCAGCUGUGGAACCGGUUCAUAUUGUGUGCCGAGGAGGCCAAGCUCCCCUUUUCCGAGAUUGAGGCCAUCAAACACGCGGCAACGAGCGACAACCAAUUGUACCGCGACGGCAUGGAGAGCGUGAUUGAGAUGUACGUUGCCUGGUGCGGCUUCUUGAAGCGUACGGCGCUCGAGCCUACGGCAACGGACGAAUCUGUGGACGUUGCCGAUGUUGGCCUGAGAGCUGCGCUCGAAGAUGUCGACGUUGUCGGGAAGCGCCUCUACGGGAAGGAGUUUCAGGGCGACCCCAAGUUUCGACUGGAGCGAAUCUACAUCCAAUACCUGACCGAGAGGAAGGGCGCGAUAGAUGAGGCUAGGGGCGUCUGGAACAAGCUGAAGCGCGCUCAGGUCCAUGCCGACAGCUACGACUUUUGGUUCCGCUACUACAUGUGGGAGAUGCUGAUAUUCUCGUCGCAUCCGCAGUCCAACAGAAGCCCCACACCGUCAUCGUCUGGGUCCGGCCUCCGCACCCCUCAGCUUGCGACAGCUGUGCUCCAUGCGGCGGCGACACGGCGAAGCAUAGACUGGCCAGAGAAGGUGUUUGAGGUUUACCUGCAGCACUGCAACGACUACGAGCUGCCUGCUUCGGUGCGUCGCGCAACCGACAUGGUCCACAAGGCGGAGAAGGCGGUCAGGAGGCGACGGCUGCGUGAGGAAGAAGAAAAGGCAGCCGCUUAUGCUGCCUACUACGGUACGCAACCUGUCGAAGAAGCCGUUGCUGAGACGGAGUCGCCCAGUGGAUCAAAACGAAAGCGGGAAGCCAAUGCCGAGGCUGCAGAGGAGGACGAGACUGUCACCAAGCGACAGAGGGGCGUCAACGACGCUGCCGAUGCAUCGCAAGCCACACCACAAGAGGGGGUCAAGCGAGAUCGCGAAAAUUCUACGGUUCUUGUGACUGGCCUGCCCGCCGACGUUACGCAGACAAAGGUGCGCCAGUAUUUCAAAGAAUAUGGCCACAUCAACCACAUUACCGCCCUCGUACAGGAAAAGGACGGCCAGUCCUCCACCUCCCUAAUCGAAUUCCGCUCUCCCGACGACGCGCAGUCUGCGCUUCUAAGAGACGGCAAAUACAUGGGCCAAUCUCAACUGAGUGUCGAGUCUGGCCACGAUUUGACCGUAUAUGUCGCCAACUACCCGCCUGCCGCUGACGAAAAGUACAUGCGGGAAUUGUUCAAGGAUUGCGGCGAAAUGCUGAGCAUACGAUGGCCUAGUCUCAAGGUCAACACUCACCGCCGGUUCUGCUACAUCUCGUUCCGCGACCGUGAUGCUUCGGCCAAGGCCGUGGCAAAGGAGGGGACCAUGCUUGACGACAAGUACAGACUCUUGUCCAAGUACUCUGACCCGGGCCGCAAGAAGAACCGCGAGGGCGCCGUCGCAGAGGGCCGCGAAGUGCACAUCUCCAACUUGGACAAGGCUCUGAGCGAACAAGACAUUCGACAGGCGUUCUCACAGUACGGGACAAUCUUGCGGGUCAACAUCCCAAUGACACUGGCAGGCAAGAACCGUGGAUUCGCAUAUCUCGACUACGAGACCAAGGAGCAGGCCGAGAAGGCGGUCGAAGAGAUGAACAACACCAAGUUCCGCAGCCAGAUCCUCUCUGUGGCCCUGUCGAAAGAGUCCAAGGUCAAGCAUGCCUCCACGAUAGUCAACGCUAGCCGCGAGUCUGCAUCGCCUGCACCGUCACGCGACCACGAAGGAGACGAGGCCAUGAGCGAGUCAGGGGUGCCGGACCAGUCCAAGCCUUCGGCAGAGGAUAUCGCGGCGCGAACCAUCGCGCUGAUGGGUCUUCCCGACACCGUCAACGACACUCGCGUCCGCGCGCUCAUCGAGCCUCAUGGGGAGAUUGUUAAACUCGUCCUGCAGCCCGCCCACGGCGGUGCCAAGAUUGAGUUUGUGGACGCCGCAACGGCCGGCAAGGCGGCCCUGUCGCUUGACGGGACCGACUUUGAGGGCAACAAGCUGCGCACCGGUUCGGUCGAAGAACUCCGACACGCCAAGGCGGAGCACAAGGCCGACCGCAUAGUCUACGGGAACAAGGACAAAUCAAGUAGCAAGCCUACCAACGGCCCGGCCCCGAGUGCCGCGUCCGGCCUCAUGCGGCCCCCUGCGCCCGUUCGACGCCCCGUCCUCGGCCGCCCCGGACCCAAGCGCGGCCUCGGCUUCGCCCCGCGCCGUGCACCCGCGGCUAGCUCCACGGGCAAAGCGGACGGGGAUACAGCCGCGGCGGAGAAACCCGCGCCCAAGAGCAACGCAGACUUCAAGGCCAUGUUCCUGCAAAGCGGCGACGCCAAGAAAGGCGAGGCCGAGAGCGAGGCAAAGGCCCCCGACGGCGAGAAGGCGGCCGAUGGAAACGGAGCUUAG